AUGGAGCAGAGCAGGGAAAUACUACGGGAGCUGACACCACGGUUGUUAGCUUCAGAUUUAGCAGGUGCUAAGGAGAGAGUUGACAGAGUAACAAAUGAGGAUCUGAGCAGCUAUCCUAUCCCUAGUACGUCGUCGUCGACGACGACACCGCUUAUUAGAGGAUAUGAGGCGACUCGUCCGAGCAACUACAAUAGACGCAAACUAGCUAGUAAUGAACUAUCAAAAUUGCAGUCUCUCAAUUCUACAAAGCGGGAUGUACUUUCUGAGGAAAUCGACAGAGUCGAGAACCAAAUAAGCAAGCUGAAUACAGUGAAGAAGAACCUACAGAUCGAGUUAAGGAAGACGCAGGAGAUUGAUCUCGAGUUAAGUGAUCAACUGAGCCAGAAUCCAUUCAGUCAUCCCGAAUACGCGACGUUUCUUCCUGACGAACAUGACGAUUUGCCAAUUAACAAGCCAUUCAUGUCUAUGCAAGCUCACGGGAGUGCUAUAAACGACCUCACGCUCGACAAACCCUAUGGACAUCUUAUCACUGCGAGCGAAGAUCCAAGUAUGCGAGUAUGGAACAUGAGUACCGGGCUGGAGGAAGGCCAGCUCAUAGGCCAUACAGCGGGCGUCACUCGUGUCCAGAUGGAGCAAAAUCGUUGUGUUUCCGGUAGCGAAGAUGCAACAUUGCACAUCUGGGAUACCCACAACCGGUCGAAUUUGGCUGUAUUCACAGGCCACACUCAGCGCAUAGAUGCACUUCAAUUCAGCCAAUCGAAUCUAGUUAGCGGUGCAUCAGACAAAACGGUUAGAUUGUGGGAUAUGACUAGCGGGCAAUGCAAAUUAACGAUGGAUCUACUCGCUUAUGUCGAACGGCCACAAUUACGUAAUGCGGGACCACCGUUUAUUGGCGGAUUACAGUUUUACUACAACGCUUUGAUUACUGGUUCGGCAGACUCAGUCGUGCGUAUGUGGGACAUGCGAACUGGAUUACCACAUAGAAACCUCCUUGGACAUAGUGAGCCAGUGACAUGUCUCUCAUUUGACCAGACCCAUGUUGUUUCUGGUAGUGCAGACGGUAGCGUCAAUAUUUGGGAUUUACGUACUGGAAAAGUACUCAAUAGCCUGCACUUCGAAAGUCCAAUAAAGGACUUGCAGUUUGACAGUCGGAAAAUAAUGAUAGCAGGUGUUAACGACGGUCUGGCGCUUUACAAUAGAGUGUCUGAUGAGUAUGAGUCGCUGAAGAUUGGGUCGACAGUGAACACGCUCGAGUACCUGGAUACUUAUAUGGUUACAGGUUCGGAUAAUGGAGAAAUAAAGUGUUGGGCGAUUUAA